AUGGAAGCAACGCCUGACAGUGUUGAAGGCAUCACUAGCAUGUCUACGUCGAAUCAUGGGCGUCUAGACAGCAGAGCCGUAGCCGAGACGGGCUGUCCCUUCCAGGCGAUGGCGUCGUGGCUUUCUGGUCUGUACAAGGGUAGACUCACGCCAGCUUUUGAAAUUGGAUCUCUGGCCUUUUUGCGUAGUCACGGCCACCAGGUUCUGCUCGACCAUCUGGACAAGGCUGACGGCUUGUAUCCCGGCGGACCACAUGAAACGUCGACGCCGACCAUCAGCGCUACGAUAUUUUUGCCCCAAAAGAGCGUGCUGCGCUUGCGCAAGAGAGAGCGACGAUGCCCGAGUCCUCCAGAUUCGACGCCCGAGCCGGACAUCGACAUUGACUUCUUUUCUCUAGGGGGCGGCUCCGGCGCCGGUGCCGCGCACGUCGCCAGCCGGGUGCAGCAGCGCAGAGCCAAGGGCCCAGGCAAGACUAUGGCUGACUUGUUUGCUUUUUGGGAACUCGUGGUGCAGGACUUUGUCCGGCAAGGCGGCAUGCCGGGUCUCCGAUCAGGCAACACGGUCAUUGACGAGCGCAACUUUGUCCUUGGGCAGUGGAAUUAA